AGACUGGGGCCACCAUUACUUGCCAACGCAUGCGUUAAACUACAACUCCCAGAGGGCCGUGCCCGAAAAGGAAGGCGGGUUCUCCUGCCGGAAGUCAGUUCUAGUCCUGGGCCCCACAACUGCAAGCAGAGCCUGAGCCGCCCUGUUACAGCGGGACCCGGGCCUCUGGGGUCCAGACAGGGGUCGCCAUGAUCCGAUUCAUCCUCAUCCAGAACCGGGCAGGUAAGACUCGACUGGCCAAGUGGUAUAUGCAGUUUGAUGAUGACGAGAAGCAGAAGUUGAUUGAGGAGGUGCACGCUGUGGUCACCGUCAGGGACGCCAAGCACACCAACUUUGUGGAGUUCCGGAACUUCAAGAUCAUCUACAGACGCUAUGCUGGCCUCUACUUCUGCAUCUGCGUGGAUGUCAACGACAACAAUCUGGCCUAUCUCGAGGCCAUCCACAACUUCGUAGAAGUGUUAAAUGAGUACUUCCACAAUGUCUGUGAACUGGACCUGGUGUUCAACUUCUACAAGGUUUACACGGUGGUAGAUGAGAUGUUCCUGGCAGGAGAAAUCCGAGAGACCAGCCAGACGAAGGUGCUGAAGCAGCUGCUGAUGCUGCAGUCCCUGGAGUGAGGCGGGCCUCCGCCCAGCUCGGCCUGCUGGACCAACCUGCCUGCUCGUCCCCUGCCAGGCCUGAGGCCCACCCCAGCAGCUCCCUCCCUUCCUCAGCUGGCCCAGAGGAAGGACCCCACAGGGUCUAGGCCGCAGGGGAGGAGGCCGGAACCCACUGCCUCUGGGCCCUAUGUGGAUGGCAGAGGCCACCACGAUGUCCUGAGUAACUGUGCAUUGUCGUGUGAGGCUGUGAGUGUGCGUGUGUGCAUCCCCCAAUAAACCUGUGGUCCUGCCUGGCC